CAUGUAUGCCUAGUGUUGUUUUUUUGUGCCCCGCAUGGUCAGCCACGCAUUCAAGUGGUAUUUUAGACUAAGCGUGGCAGCUAGUGUUGAAAGAACAGGAUAGACGAUCAUGAUUGUUGCGAAAAAUGUCGUAUGGGCAUAAUGAUAUCUGGUUACUUGAGCCCAGAGAACAAAGAAGACAAGCAGUUUAAUUAUAUUACAAAUUGGAUAGAUAUAUAUAUUUCAUUGAUAGUUUUGCUCCUUCAUAAUGUAGGUAGUCUGAUAUCUGUCGUUCAGAUAUCCCUGAGUCAGCGAUCAUUGGAUAUCGAGGCCAUUCACCGUCCGGCAUGAAUACCGAGCAUAGUAGCACCGAAUUUCUGAAAU